AGGGCUACCUCUCCCCAGCCCUGGGCCCCGAGGUCUCCCCCGGGCACCAAGGCCUGUGCCGGGCACUGGGACCUCUGGAGGGACCUAGACCCUUUCAGAGCCAGGCCUGGGACCCUCCCAACCCCUGCUUGUUUCCUGCCAGUUGGGGGCAUGGCAGGCGUGAAGAGGGCCUCGGAGGACUCUGAGGAGAAGCCGUCUGAGAAGAAGGCUCCAGUCCAGCCAGUCACGCUGCCGUCGCCUACCCCCACCCGGAAGCCUCCACUAUCUCCAGCCCAGACAAACCCUGUGGUCCAGAGGAGGAAUGGGGGUGCAGAGGGUCCACCCCCCAAGACUGGCCAGGUGUCAGUGGGCAGCUCGGUCAGCAGCAUCUGCGGGAUCUGCGGUAAGCACGUGCACCUGGUACAGCGGCACCUGGCUGACGGAAGACUCUACCACCGCAGCUGCUUCAGGUGCAAGCAGUGCUCCUGCACGCUGCACUCGGGGGCCUACAGGGCCACCGGAGAGCCGGGCGCCUUCGUCUGCACCAGUCACCUCCCUGUGACUACCUCUGCAAGCCCCAAGUUGCCCGGUCUGGUCCCCCAACGGCCAGGGGCCAUGGCUGUGAAUUCCAGGACCCCCUGUUCCCCGCAGAAGGCCCAGGAGGCGAACAAGCCCGAGGCCAGACCGUCGGCCUGGGAGCCUGCUGCAGGCAACUCGCCUGCCAGGGCUUCCGUUCCGACCACACCCAACCCUCCAGCCACCAGCCCCGCGUCCGUCUGUGUGAGGAGCCCAGCCAGGCCCUCUGAGAGCUGCCCGGCCCCCACUCCCCUGGAGGGGAAAGUCCGCCCUCGUGUGACCAACAGCUCCCCGAUGGGCUGGUCGUCAGCUGCCCAGCGCACAGCAGCAGCCGCCUCCCAUCCCCCUGUGCCCCCGAGUGCCCCAGACCCUCGCCCGGCCACACCCCAGGGCGGGGGAGCCCCCCGAGUGGCAGCUCCUCAAACCACGCUCAGUUCAAGCUCCACGUCUGCAGCCACCGUGGACCCCCCAGCCUGGACCCCAUCUGCCUCCAGGACCCAGCAGGCCCGGAAUAAGUUUUUCCAAACAUCAGCGGUGCCCCCCGGCACCAGCCCUGCUGGCAGGGGUCCCGCGUCGUCACUUGCUCCUUCCAGGGACAGCAGCAAGGAACAGGCACGGAACUUCCUCAGGCAGGCCCUCUCGGCGCUGGAAGAGGCUGGCGCUCCAACGCCUGGGAGGCCCUCCCCAGCCACUGCCCCUGUUCCCAGUUCUCAGCCCAAAACUGAAACACCACAAGCAAGUCCCUUAGCCAAGCCAUUACAGCCCACGUCUCCCCAGGCUUUUGGCCUCCCUUCAAGGACGGACCCACCAGCCCCCCUGAGCACGAGCAGCACCCCUCAGGCAUCCGUGUCGCCCCCGGCAGGCAGGAGGAGCUUGGCCGAACCCUCGGGGGUCGGCAGGGUGGGUGCUGGCUCCAGGCCGAAGCCAGAGGCGCUGACUGCAAAGGGUAAAAGCACCACCUUAACGCAGGACAGGAGCGCCAGCCCCCAGGAAGGCCAGGAGGAUGGGCCGGCAGGAUGGAGAGCGAAUCUGAAGCCCGUGGACAGGAGAAGCCCAGCUGAGAGGACUCUGAAGCCCAAGGAACCACAGGCCCUGGCAGAGCUGAGGGCGGGGGAGGCCCCCGGGAAGGUCUCAGGCAGCUUUGCGGGGAGUGUCCACAUCACCCUGACCCCCGUGAGACCUGAGAGGAUGCUGCGCCCAGCCAGCCCAGGACCCAGCCUCCCAGCCAGGUCCCCCUCCCCACCCCGCCGCAGGAGACUGGCCAUCCCUGCCAGCCUUGACGUUUCUGACAACUGGCUUCGUCCGGAGCCCCCUGAACAGGAAGCCCGAGCGCAGAGCUGGAAGGAGGAGGAGAAGAAACCUCACCUUCAGGGCAAACCAGGGAGACCCUUGUCCCCGGCCAAUGUCCCUGCUCCACCUGGCGAGACAGUGACCUCCCCAGUCAGGCUGCACCCCGACUACCUCUCCCCGGAGGAGAUACAGAGGCAGCUGCAGGACAUCGAGAGGCGGCUGGAUGCCCUGGAGCUCCGCGGCGUGGAGCUGGAGAAGCGGCUGCGGGCAGCCGAGGGAGAUGAUGCUGAGGACGGCCUCAUGGUGGACUGGUUCUGGCUUAUUCACGAGAAGCAGCUUCUGCUGAGACAGGAGUCAGAGCUGAUGUACAAGUGAGAGCCCAGCCGCGUGCCCCUCCUCGAAGGCCAGGACCUCCGGGGCGGGGGGGCUCCUGCUGACAGAGCCGUCCCCGCAGAGGCUCUGAAGUCCCCACAGGAGCGGCAGCGGGAGCAGGAGCUUCUGGAGCGGUACGUGAGCACCGUGAAUGACCGCAGUGAUAUCGUGGACUCACUGGACGAGGACCGGCUCCGGGAACAAGAGGAGGAUCAGAUGCUGCGGGACAUGAUUGAGAAGCUGGGCCUCCAGAGGAAGAAGUCCAAGUUCCGCUUAUCCAAGAUCUGGUCACCAAAAAGCAAAAGCAAAAGCAGCACCUCCCAGUAGCGGCCAGUGGGGCCGUGG